AUGUUAGCAAUUAUAUUUACCUUUUUAAUCUCAAACUUUUAUAUAUCUAACAAAUCAGAAUGUAAUCUUAUUGUUCACCCAUCAAUAGCAGACGUAUUUGUUGAGAAUAUUCGAGAGAAUAUUUUUAUUUUGCCUACAAAAGUAACAAACAAAAAGUUAACCAUUCCAGAAUGUUUAAGUGAUGAUGAUAAUUCAUGCCAUAACAUAAAUAAAGAUAAAUAUAUUUUUUCUCAAAAUAUAAAUGAUGUUUUAGAAAAUUUGAAUAAUGAAAAGGUUGCUUAUAUGCAUAGAAAUCCAUUUUAUUUGAUCAGAAACGAUAAUAAAAAUAUUAACAUCGAUUUAGAAAUAAAAAAAGAAGAAGAGAAAAUAUAUAAAAAAGAAAUGUUAAAUAAAAAUAAAAACAAUUCUAAUAUAUUUUAUAAUUCUAUUAAUUUUAUAUUAGAUAAUGUUUUUUAUUUUUUUAAAAAAAUUAAUAAAAAUAAAACCAAUAAUUUAAACCAACUAAUAUAUCCAUCAUAUUAUAUAGAUCUUAAUAAGACAUAUAUUUUAAGUCAACCAAAUAAAAUAAAUAAAAAUAAUAAACAUAAAAUUAAAGGAUCUCGUUUAGGAGAAUAUAUAGAUGACCUUAAAACUUAUUCAUUUAUAGAACCUUUAUCUUUAGCUAUUGAUGAGAUAAAUUUUAACAAUUUUUUUGAAAACAUAUGGAGUGAAAAUAUAUUUAAUUAUAUUUUUUUAAAAGAAAAUAAAAGAAACGAUAAUGUGAACAAUAAUGACCAUAACAAUUAUCUUAUAUAUAAUUAUGACCAUGUUAGAAAAAAAGACAAAAUAAAUAGCUUAAAAAAUUAUGCUUUUGACACACAAACAAAAGUAAAGAAUCUUAAAAACCAUUUAAAGGAGACCAUUUUAGAAAAUAAAAUGUCUAGUAGUAUAAAUCCUGAGGAAAAGACAGAACAUUUAUAUGAACAUAAUGAUGUUGGAAAAUUGAAAAAAAUAAACAACAUGAAUUUUGGUCAUCAUGAUGAUGAUAAUGAUGAUGAUAGCAAACGGAAUGAGCGUCGCACACGUUUUGAUUUAAAAAAUGACUCAGAUUUAAACUUGUCUAUUAAUAAAAUUUUUAAAGACUAUGAAAUAAAUGAAGAAAGCGAUUUUGAACAUGUUCUUAUGAACAAUAAAAAAUUAAAUAUUGGAAUAUGUACAAAGGAAAAAAAAAAAAAAAAAAAAAAAUAUGAUUUAAAUUUUGAUAAUCUUUUUAAAAAUAUGUUAAAAAGUGGUAGAUUAGUAAAAUAUGAACAAGAAUAUACAUGUAUCUUUUUUAAGUAUGUAGAAAAUUUUGAAUUUAUAUUUUAUUUAAAAAAAAAUUGGGGAAAAAAUUGGGGAAAAAAUUGGGGAAAAAAUGGGUUGCAAAUUUCUGACAAUACAUUAUAUAACAAAUGGAAAAAUACAAAUUUGAAUAAGUCAAAAUUAUUUAUGCUUUCAACGAAUAUGUUGCAUAAUUUAAAAAAUUAUGAUUAUAAAUAUAAUAAAUAUAUCUACAAAUUACAUACUGAUUUUGUUGGUGUGUGCAAAAUGGUAGUUCCUAUAAAUGUGUAUAAAAAUAAAAUGUUUUUAAAUUUUUUUUUUAAUAUAAACAUAUGUUACAAUAGUAAUUAUAUUUCAAAAGAUAUUUAUUUUGAUGAGAAAACCAAAGAUGAGAUUAUUUUGGGCGGGGUUUGGAGUUACGCCAUUCCUAAAAAAGUAAAAAAUAUGACCAAAAAUGUGAACAAAAAUGUGAACAAAAAUAUGAGCAAAAAUAUGACCAAAAAUAUGACCCAAACAUAUGAACAACGUGGCGAUAGACAUAAUUACAUUAAUAGGGGAUGCCAAAAUAGUGAGAACAAUUUUAUUAAUCCGUUUGAAGCCAUAAAAGGGUGUAGUAGUAAUGAUGAUAUGAAUUCAAAUGAAAAUGGAAAAAAAAAAAAAAGCAAAAUAUAUAUCAUGGAAAAAAUUCUAAACCCUAAUAUUGAACCUUCCAAACGAUUUAAAAGAAUUAAAAAAUUAAAUUUGUAUAAAAAUAAUUUAGAAGAAAAAUCAGAACGUGAUUAUAUAAUAAAAGAUGUUAUAAUAAAUAAUAAUGGAAUAUUAUUAUUAUCAAAAAAAGGAUAUAUAAAAUUUAAAACCCCAAUUGUAUUAAGUGAAUUAUAUAUUGAAUUUCAGUCAAACCCAUUAUAUAAUUUAGUAUGUAAAAGUGAUGAUAAUGAUGAAAUAAAAAAAGGAGAGAUGUCAAAAUCACAAGUUAGUUUUUUUUCAAAUGCUAGCAAAAGAGAAUGCAAAUAUAAAAAUAUUCAAUAUAUUUAUUUAUUUUUUAAUUUUUACCUUAACGGCAAUAAUAAAUUUAACAUAAAAAUUGAUGUGAAUAUAGAACAUUUGAAAAGGGAUGAUGAUAAUAAUAAUCCAAUUUUUUAUUUAAAUGUUUUAGACUAUUUAAAAAAUAAUAUCUAUCAAUAUAGAAUAAAUAAAAUCGAAAUUGAAUAUUCUUUUUAUCCUAUUUCACAAAAAAAUGCAUUUUUCGAUCACAAUAAUUUACCUUUUUAUAUAUCCUUAAAUAAUAUGAUAAUAAAUAAAAGUGAGCAAAUAUUUAAAUAUAUCCCAAUUUUCUUUACACACAAUAAUAAUCUUUUAAAUAUAUUAAAAAAUAAUUUUAAAAAUUCAAAACCGAAAUUCAGUCGGGAUAUUCCCAAAAAUGGCGGAAAAAAUGGCGAAAAAAAUGGCGAAAAAAAUGGCGAAAAAAAUGGUGGAAAAAAUGGCGGAAAAGAUGGUGGCAAAGAUGGUGGCAAAGAUGGUGGCAAAGAUGAAUGGGUUGGCGUUUUUAAGGGUUCAGAAACUGAUCAAGGAAACACAAAUUUAAUAAACGAUCAAAACGGUCAAGGGAAUACGUGGAUACAUACAAAUAGAGACUAUAUUUUAUAUGAUGCUUCAAAUCAAGUUAACUUAACAAAUUUGAAAGAUGAAAAUGGUGAUGAUAGAGAUGGGAAAAGAAACACAGCUCAAGAUUCUUUAUAUAUUGAUAUAGAUGAAAAAAAUGAUAAAAAUAAAUUAACAAGUUUUAAUUCCUUUUGUAUAUUUACAUCAUUAAAUGAAAACAUUUUUUAUCAGUAUUUAACCAAAUAUGUAUGUACAAAUAAUGCUUGUUUGGCUCCAGAAAAUAUUUUUUUAAAAUAUAAUUUUUAUAAAAAUAACAAAGAGUAUCAAAAUGGGAAUAGCGGCACUACACUUGCCCAAAAUGGUGACAAACAUGGCGGCACAGAUGUAGAAUCGUUAAGUGGUGAUGUUGUAGAAUCGUUAAGUGGUGAUGUUGUAGAAUCGUUAAGUGAUAUUGUUGUAGAACCAUUAGCUGACGCAGUUGCAAAACCUUUGCUUGACGACAAUGUCGAAAUUCUGCCACUAUCAGAAACAAAUAACAAUGUUAUAACUGAACAAAUUCAAAAAGAAUAUUUUGAUUUUUUAAAAAAAGGAAUGGAAUAUCAUGAAUUAAAUAAUGUAGAAAACAUAAUUGCAUGUAACAUAAAAAAAAUAUAUUAUAAUAAAUAUAUAAUUCCACCUUAUAUUAAAGGUAUAUUAGUUAAUUAUGAAAAAACAAAUGAAAAUUUUAUUUAUAAUUUAUAUAAUAAUUUAUUUUAUAAUAUUCAGACAAAAUUAGAAGAAGAUAAUAAUAAUUAUGUAAGAAACAUUUUUGAUACUAUAUAUAUUUAUACUGCUCUUAUUCCAAUUGAAAGUGAUGUAUAUAAUUUAAAUUUUUUAUCUGAAAAUAAUUUAACAUUAAAAAAAAUGCAAGGUCUUAAUACACAAACCAUAUAUAAAAAUUUAAUACCAUUUACAAAAUAUGAUGAUUUUUACAUUUCAAAUGAUGACCAAUUAAAUAUUAUAAAAAUAAAAAUUAUGGAUCUUAAUUUAAAUAACAUUACUGAAAAAAUUGUAAAUUUAAAUAAAGGAGAAGAAUAUAAAACAAAUAUUUCAAAUUUUAUUGAAAAUUCGAUUAAAACAUCAUUGGAAGAUAAUCCAAACGAAUAA